AUGACGACCCAGGGAACAUACGAAACCCUCUCCAAUGUACCAGCCUAUCUUGUUUACCUCAUUAACCUGACAGGUACUGUCUUGGCGCAUCCGAUGGACGUAAUGCGUGUUAACGUGCAGGCUAGUGCACUGCAUUAUAUAUCCCUUCGAAGGAUCAUAAGACUUAUGUUCAAUAAAAAGGGGAUUCGUGGUUUCUAUUACGGCCUCGAAGGCGCCAUUGUACGCUGCACUGUGCAGUCCAUUUCGCAAUAUAUGUUCUUCCACUACCUGAAACACAGCCAAUAUAUUACGAUACUCAAGCCAUUCGACAACAAUGCCGUAGCUGGGCUAAGUGGAUUUUGUUCUGGAAUGCUAGCAACGCCUUUCGUAAAAUAUGCUAUGAUUCGUCAGACAGAUUUGACGCGUAAUGUGUAUGAUCGACGCAAUUAUGUCAAUUUUGCGAAUGCCUGUUUCUGUAUGUUCCACAAGGGAGGCAUCAAACACAUCUUUGCCGGCUUCAAACUCCAUGCUUUGACCAGCUGCGCUUUGGCAGUUGCGACCCCUCCCAUAUACAAUACGAUUCAAGAUUUGCUUGUUAAAUUGCACAAACUGGAUGAUAAACCGUGGGAGAUUAGUUUGAUUUCCCUAACGCUAACGGGAAGCAUUCUCUCACUGAUUUUCACGCCAGUUGAUGCCAUUAAAACAAUAAUUAUGACCGCCGAUUAUGAAGUGUAUCCGAUGAAGAAAGACGUUUGUGCAGCAUUAAUCCAAAGGCAUGGUUAUAAAGGUUUCUUCCUUGGUCUAAAACCGGCAUUAGCAGCUAUAAUUCCACAUUCCAUUGUGGCU